AGGGAUACAACUACUACUACCUACACAAUAACAAAAAGAGAGUGUUUGUUUAUUGUGCCAAUAGGUGUAAGUGUCCUUGGAAGAAGGCUAGGAUACUAAGUUGUACUUGUAAACUGAAAAACAAGUGUAGAUUUAAGCUUCAUGCAAGGAAAUUGAAAGGGGAAGAAAGUUGGCAGAUUAAGAGCAUCAGGGCUGAUCACAUUUGUGGGUGGCAGUGUGAAAACCCAAAGGUAACCUCAGCUCAAAGUAUCUAGCUGAGAGAUACUUAGAUGAUUGGAGGGAUGAACCAAACACUAAGGUUAAGGCUUUUAUAAAGAGAGCAAGCAGAGAGGUCAAGUCAGAAAUUGGGUAUUUCAAGGCAUAUUAUUCUAAACAAAUUGCUUUGAAAAUGAUAUUUGGUGAUGCUAGCUUGGAAUAUAAGAGGGUGUGGGACUAUGCUGCUGCAAUUAGGAAGUAUAACCCGGGAAGCACUGCAGUUGUAAAGGUUCAAGGCAUAGACAGUCCACCACCUUUGUUUCAGAGGUUGUAUGUUUGCUUACAGCCUUGCAAAGAGGGCUUCAUGGCUGGAUGCAGGCCUAUUAUUGGGGUUGAUGGGGCACAUUUGAGAGGUGCAUACCCUGGGAUAUUGUUGACAGCAGUGGGAAAGGAUGGGAAUAACAAUAUAUUCCCUGUGGCUUGGGCAGUUGUUGAGACAGAGAAUGCAGAAACAUGGGGUUGGUUCCUUGAGCUGUUGAGGAAUGACAUAAGUUCUGUAGCUGAUGCUGUCACAUGGGUGCAUGAGAAGGAAGAUGAAGUAGCCUACAUGUCUGACAGACAGAAGGGUUUACUUGAUGCAUUCAAAACUGUCAUGCCAAAUGCUGAGACUAGAUAUUGUUGUAGACAUAUAUGGACUAACUUCAAAAGCAAGUUCCCUGGUGUGCUGUACAAGGAACAUUUCUGGAAGGCAGCAAGAUCAUCCACAAAGCAUCAUUUCAACACACACAUGGCAGCUAUAAAGGAACUAAAUGUUGAAGCAUACAAGUACUUGGAAGCAAUCCACACAAGUCACUGGUCUAGGCAUGGGUUUAGCACUGCAUCUAAGUCUGGUAUGCUACUCAACAAUUGCUGUGAGAGUUUUAAUAAUGUCUUGAGGGAAGCAAGGGGUAAACCUAUCCUACAGUUAAUGGAAUGGAUAAGGAGGUAUGUAAUGCAAAGAUUCAAUGAAAAAAGAGUGGGAUUGAAGAGCUUUCAAGGUGUUAUCAUGCCAUCUGUGGUUAAGAUGGUUCAGCAAGGAUUGAAGCAAGUGCAUAGCAUGAGAAUCAGACAAGCUGACCUACAUGAGUUUGAGGUGGACCAUGAGCUCGAUUCCUAUGUUGUUGAUAUGCAUGUUUUAUAUAGUAUUUUUACCCCCGUCCCUUAGUACUUUUAUGUGUCAAACGUGCUCUUAGGAGCCGUUUCUAGUACUAAUGUGUGUUAUUGAGUGUGCCUUGAGUUUCAGGUUUGAUUAUGAGAAAUUGGUCGUUUUAGACCCGUUUCAUUGUUGAUCUAGGCCACUAUAUGAGUCCGAGAAGUUCGGGACCUCCAUCGUCGACUUUCGGGAGCUUUGGAUGCUUAUGGUUGGGCCCCGGGAGUUAGACUCAGUGAUAUGGGCGAGCUACAUUGAAGAUUGCAAAUCGCCCUGGAAGCUGAGGGCGAAAUGCAACCAUCGGGCGGAAUUAUAAGCAAUCUGGAAUCAUCAACGCGCGCCCGAUCCGGAUCGGGCGGUCAAUCUGGAGGCUGUAUGGAGAGUUCACAAACCGCCCGAUCGGGCGGAUUUCGGCCCGAUCGGGCCGACUAUCGAGUCGCCCGAUCGGGCGACGCCAACCCCCAACACUUAUGCGCGAGUUUUCUUUCCGUUUUUUGGGCUUUAUUUUGGGGAAACUAUAUAAGCAAGCCUUAAUUGUUUUUAGAGGACACUUUAUUUUCUAGUAUUGAAGCUUAGUAUUAUUUCCUUAGCCUAAUUUUCUCUCUAGUUUAUGCAAAAACACUUAGUUUAAUUCUCAAUAAAAAUUCAAGC